AUGAACGCUCAUUCAUUUGCUUAUUCGGACUUUAUUCCUGUCAAAUCCAGGAAAAACAGAAAUCGCAAAGGCAAAUCAUCUCCCCCGCUAUCCACCCUGUUGGCUGCCCUGCAAGAGCAGCUCAGACAGGAGGAAUGGUUCGCGCAAUGUUCACGAAUAUUAGAUAGCUCGUGGAGUGGCUUCUCUGCGCAAAAACCGGCGGUACUGUGUCUUGGUUUGGGAAGCCCGAGCUCGUCUCUGGUUGCCCGCGUCCAGCUCGCGUUUCUGACGGAGACUUGUAAGCGGCUUGACAUUGCCGCCGAUAGCGUAUCACUCUAUGAUCCUAUAUUCACCACGGAAGAUACCGCUCUCUUCGAAGAGCUCCAGAUGAAUGUCUUGUCCAAAAACAGAGACACGGAAUCUUAUAGUUUGUCCGUCCCAACAAUAUGCUUCAUGCCCCACUGUGACAUCGAGCUUUACGACACCCUUCUCCGAGCCAAUUGGAAUAAAGAAGGCCUCUCGAACCUCUUUCUACUCGGUAACCAAUUGCAAGAGUAUCUAGACAACAAACCAGCAAGCGUGCUGGAGACGAGUGUCCCGUUCCUGUUGCGAGCUGCCCCGGCACUUGAUAGCCAGCCGUUUCCUAUUGCAAGCGCUUGGCCUACCGCGUUCAAUAACAUGUCUGCCCAAUGCGUCUCGCAGUCCCGUCCCGGCAUCGUAGACUUGCUGCUAGCUGCUCCUGCUUCUGCAGCUGCAGCUGGUGCCUCUUCGAAGCCCGAAAAGGACAAUUCAUCGGAGGAAACAUUGGAAGGGGAAAGCUGCCGCGGUAUUUUAGAAAGCGCUCGAGCAUCAUCUCCUCGGCCGACGUAA